AUGGCACAGCACCCCGACAAAAUUAAAUGGAAGAGUAAGGUGCACUUUGGCCUCAGUGCAUCGCAGUUUGGGAUGGCUCUUGGCUUUUGUGGUCGCGUUGUGGAUUACGUGGAUUACCUGCGCAACAUCGUUGGCACAGACAAGGAGUUUACCGGAAACGCCAGCACCGCUCACGGCAUCGAAACGGAGCCCAAGGCACGCGCGCUGUAUGAGCUUCUAACAGGCAGCGCUGUCAGUGACGGUGGCUUCUUCUUGGCGGAGGACUCCUUGCUUGGGUGUUCGCCAGACGGGCGAAUAUUUUACGACACCGACCCGUCGCUGUGUGGUUCGGUUGACGUCAUGACAGAUGAACGAAGACUGAGCUCACCGCGAGGUGUUGUUGGGGUAAGGAUACCGUUUACGGCGAAACGGAGACGGCAGAAUGAUGCCACAACAUCCCCUGCAUGCUUUCCUCCAAAAGGUAAGUGCCGUCUACUGGAAAUUAAAUCACCGUUUAAUUCUCUAUACGACGGAUCCAAGCCAAGCUACAAGCCAUUUGGCAUUCCCCUGCAUUACCUCUGCCAGAUGCAGGGUCAAAUGGCCAUCGCUGACGCCGAUGAAUGCGACUUUUUCGUAUAUCUUGAUCGGCCCGCUUGUCAGGUUGUGGCCUGGCGUGUGCGGCGUAGCAGCGAGUUCUGGGAGUGGGCGCGUCCGAAACUCCUCCAGGUGGUGGAGUGGGUGCAGCAGGGUCCUCCACUGGGGCUCAACCGCCGCUUUGAGUUUGAGGCGUUUGACUUCUCGAAGAUUUCCGUAGAACCGCUUGUCUUUCCGUACGACAUCUCAGCCAACAUGCCGAUUAAUGAACCCCGUCGCUUUCCCUUCUUUGAGCGGUAUCCAAACCCGUAUAGAAGUAAGAUAACUGAUGCCCACCAUAACGCUGUUAUGCGGGGGCUGAAGAGUGCUGUUACACGAUUUCUGUUUUACACGGAGAUAAAUAAUGAGGAUCAGAGCACGGAGGAGGUAAGGGAGUGUGAGAAUAUGCUUCUGUGCUCUCUGCCACCACCUGCAGUUGUUACUGCGGCUGCUAACCUGUACUGGAAUUCUCUCGCCGCGUCGUGUGGUUCUGCAGCAGAUGAAACCACUUGGAGCACAACGAUGGUUGUUGUUGAGAAGCCCUGCAAUUUCAAUGAUGACUCAGUUACUUGCCACUUAUGCAAAAAGGGAGGUGGUCCCAGCCAGGGUAAUAAGAUUCGGGUGAGGUACUUCAAGCGAGACUUUUUCUCCGCAUUGCUUCCUUCAGUAUGUCCUUUGAAUACAUUGGAAGCGACUACAGUGCCUUCAGCCACACAUGGUGAAAACGUCACCAUGACUAUAGAACGCGGCAGCGCUGUCAUGCCAGCGGCGUCAUGUCCGAGUGUUGUCCCGCUGUCGCCAUCAAAAGGAAGAGGAUUAUCUUCCAACUCCAGCAUCUCCGUUAUUUUGGUAGACAAGGAAUCAGCAGUAUCACGAGCCACAUCGGUAGAGAUUUGCGCAUUGCCUCAGUAA